GGAAACUCCGGCUGUCCACGGGGCGGGAGGAAAAAGAAGGGAGGUCGGCGCGCGGUGAAAGGCGCAUUGAUGCAGCCUGCGGCGGCCUCGGAGCACAGCAGGGCCAGACGCUGACCGGGUCCUGGCUUCCGCGGUCUCCUUCUCCGCCUCUGCCUCCAGCUCGGCGGGGUCCAGCUGCCAGCGCCAUGCACCCCCCGGGCCGCGCCACCUCCCCGCAGCGGGGGCUCGGCCUCCUGCUGUUGCUGCUGCUGCUGCAGCUGCCCGCACCGUCUAGCGCCUCUGAGACCCCCAAGGGGAAGCAGAAGGCGCUGAUCCGGCAGAGGGAGGUGGUGGACCUGUACAAUGGAAUGUGUUUACAAGGACCAGCAGGGGUGCCUGGUCGAGAUGGGAGUCCUGGGGCUAAUGGCAUUCCAGGUACCCCUGGGAUCCCAGGUCGAGAUGGAUUCAAAGGAGAAAAGGGGGAAUGCCUGAGGGAAACCUUUGAGGAGUCCUGGACCCCUAACUACAAGCAGUGUUCAUGGAGUUCCCUGAAUUAUGGCAUAGAUCUUGGGAAAAUUGCUGAGUGUACAUUUACAAAGAUGCGUUCCAACAGUGCUCUGCGAGUUUUGUUCAGUGGCUCACUUCGACUGAAGUGCAGGAACGCAUGCUGUCAGCGUUGGUACUUCACAUUCAAUGGAGCUGAAUGUUCAGGACCUCUUCCCAUUGAAGCCAUCAUUUAUUUGGACCAAGGAAGCCCUGAACUGAAUUCAACAAUUAAUAUUCACCGUACUUCUUCUGUGGAAGGACUCUGUGAAGGAAUUGGUGCUGGCUUAGUGGACGUUGCUAUCUGGGUUGGUACUUGUUCAGAUUACCCAAAAGGAGAUGCUUCUACUGGAUGGAAUUCAGUGUCUCGCAUCAUUAUUGAAGAACUACCCAAAUAAAUCCUUUAAUUUUUCAUUCCCUACCUCCUUUUUUUUUUUUUUUAA